AAUAAUUUUUGCAAAAAUGUCUUUACCUGACCUAUCCCCGAACAUUAUCAGGAAGAUUAAACAAAAGGUACAUCGGAAGAAGGAACCUCUGAAUGAGCUAAGCUUACCAUUUGUGGGGAAGAAGAAAUAAAGUGGUCAUGAACGGCAUGGUGAAAUGGUGCAUCAGGGAUAUCAAGAAACAAAUCAAAGCAGAGAAACUUAAGAUUGAGAAAAUGGGCGAAUUAGAGAUUUUCUUAGAUGAUGAAGAGUUUAAGAGUGAGUAUGAAAACAGGAUUGAAGAGAUUAUGGGUGGUAAAGCAAAGAAAUAAGCAAUUAAAAGGUUUUACCAGCAGAAGAAGUAUGCCUGACUUACAUCAAAUGAAAAGGACAAAGGAAAUUGAGGAUGAAUUAGGAAUCACGAAUGUAUUGAACAGGAUCAACAAGCUAAUGGUAGUCCCAGACAAGUUUGAACAAGUAACUCUAAGCAGAGAUGACCCUAACUACGUGAAGAGCUUCAAAUCAUUCUCUAAGGCUCUCUAUGACAAGACUAUUGGAAACUUCCAUAGCUACCAGUAUACAAACUAUAAAAUGAACAGGGAGUUCAGCAAGGUGAAAAAAUUGUAUAAGAAAAUUGAUAAAUUGUAA